ACAUAGUUGGAGAGAAAAGCAAUAUGGCCGCGGCCGAAGAGGAAGGGAAGGCUGGAUUAAAUCGUUUUGAAGCCCUUGAACAAUCCAUUGAACAGUUUAUUGAAUCCACAAGACAAAUUGGGAUUAUUGUGAGUGAUUUUCAGCCCGGCAGUCAGGGUGUGCUUAACCAGAAAAUGUAAGAAAUAGGAGAACAUAUUUUGUGUAUAGUGUUGUCUACUUGUCUAGUUUAUAUAAACAAUAGAUUUCGCCGUUGUCUGUUCAGAGGAAGAACAAAAAAGUGGAGCACGAGCCGCCGAGGCGAGUGGGUUGACAUAUUGUCAUACUGUGUGUCUAUAAGGGGGCAAGGGGCCGCGUCCAUAGAGAUUUAGGGAGAUUAUAAAUAACACUAGAGGAGGCAUUGUAAUCUUAAUUCAAUAAAAAAAGGGCAAAUUCAUGUCCCGGAUGUGUAUUCGUGUUCCCAUUGGUGACCACUUUCAAAUCAGCCAAUGAGAGCACGAUUUUAUAUCCGGGACUUGAAUUUUCCCCCCAUUAGCUGCGUUCCCAAUUUUUAAACUCAAUUCCUCCUCUAGUGUUAUUUAUAAUCUCUAUGGCCACGUCCACAUUCAUGUUGAUAUUGCCACAAAUAACGUUGAAUCGACGUUAUUACUUCAGCCACCCACCCUCUCCAGAUAAUGUCGAUUCGACGUUAUUUGUGGCAACAUAAAUAUGGACAUGGUCCUAACUGGACAGGCAACGGUUAAUCUUAUCUAUUUGUUUGUGAAUAAAUUUCAUCCUAUGCAGCAAUGAAUUUUCAAGUAAUUUGGCGAUGCUUUUUUUAACAGCAAUGCCAUUGUGGAAAGUCUGAAAGAAAUUGAAAAAUGUAAAGAUAAUUUUCAUAAUGUUGAAGUUCCAAUGGACGUUUUCUCGUAAGUUGAGAAAUCCUUAAACUUUCAAAAAUGUAUCUGAAUUUCCCCUUGUACUGCCGUGCACAAUGUAAUUGUUCCUGUUUCCCAUCUAGGUAUAUUGAUGAAGGGAAGAAUCCCCAAUUGUACACAAAGGACUGUUUAGAAAAAGCUUUGGCACAGAAUAAGGAAGUUAAAGGGAAAAUUGAUGCUUAUCAGGUAGAAAUAAAUGCUAGCUAAAGUCUAAACUAACUUUAUUUAUACUGGAUAGUUCUAUCAGUUCUAAACUGUUCUUCCUAGAGGUCCAGUAAGCAUAAUCUCUUAUUGAUCCAGUGUUACUACAGAAGGAAACCUAAACUAAACUAAUUUUAUUUAUACUGGAUAGUUCUAUCAGUUCUAAACUGUUCUUCCUAGAGGUCCAGUAAGAAUCAUCUCUUAUUGAUCCAGUGUUACUACAGGAAGAACCUAAACUAAACUAACUUUAUUUAUACUGGAUAGCUCUAACUGUUCUCCCUUUUUAAUUUAUUAGAACUUUAAGACAGAAUUGAUGGGAGAACUAAACAAGGCAUUUCCAAAUGAAAUGUUGGAAUACAGAAAUUAUGUUGAAGAUGUACAGGAAGAUAGGUGAUGUAUAUGAAUGGAUGGCAGGGGAUACAUGGGCUAGUGUACUGCGCAAGUAAAUUACUGAUGAAAAACUUUAUGUUUAAAUAUGUAAAUACAUGACAUUGUCCAGAAACAAUGCACAUUUUAAAGAAGUCCUGAAAUCCAUGUGGAAUUUCGGUAGCUGGAAUUCAUUUUAGAAGGUGGACAAAUUUCAAUUGGAUUUCCAGUUGGAGAUUACAGAUUGUCAAAUUGGUUCAUUUCAAAGAGCUGUUUGUUGUUGAGAAUGUGCGAACAACUAUUCCAAUCUUCUAGUUUGCUUUUAUUUUCAGUCAACUGUUACUGUAUGUGUGGUUCCUUGGCAGCUAAGAGCCUAUCAUGGUACAUAACACACGCAUAAAUUUCACAUCUUGUGGCAGGCUAAACUUGCUCCAAGUCUCUCUUUCAUUGUCAUAUAGUAUCGAUCCACUAUAGUGUACAUUACAUGACGUAGCACGGAGAGGCGGAGCGAGAAAGAGAGACUUGUCAACUUCGGAAAAUCUCGGUUCAAAACUGAACCGAAAAUGCAAGACUUGCUUUAAUUGUUUUCUGUCAUUGUUUAUAUGUAUUGAUCUAGCACAGUGUAAAUAACAUGAGGUCCAUUAUAGUAAAUAAUACAGAAAUUGAAGGAAAACAAUUAAAGUCAUUAAAGCAAGUCUUGCAUUUUCGGUUCAGUUUUGAACCGAGAUUUUCCGAAGUUGACAAGUCUCGCUCCACCCCUCCGUACUACGUCAUGUAAUGUACACUAUAGUGGAUUGAUACUAUAUGACAAUGAAAGAGAGACUUGGAGCAAGUCUAGUAGCAGGCCUGCCAACAAGCUGUCAACAAGUUGUGUUCGCACUGCUUGUCCCAAGUUGUCAACAAGUUGUGACAAGCUGUUAACAGUUAUAACAAAAUCUUGUUAACAUUAUCAGACAAGUCUGCUACAGUCAUGAUAUAACAAUAUUGUUACAACCUUGUGUGGUCAACCUUGUAACAUUCUUGUUAUAUCAUGACUGUAUCAGACUUGUUAGAACAACCUUGUAACAAGUCUGAUAACGCUAUCAAGGUUGUUACAAUUUGUUAACAGCUUGUUCCAAACUUGUUACAACAACUGGGAACAAGCAGUGCGAACACAACUUGUCGACAGCUUGUGAACAGAUUUGGAACAACUUGUUUGCAGACUUGUAACAACUUGUGCGUUUUUACGCGUGUAGGAUAUGUUUGCUUCAAAUUUGCAAUACAUUUUCUGGCACAGCAGAGAUAUACUCAUAAAAAACAGUAAUAAAUAUAAUUCAUUGUUCAUUGAAGUUGACACUUACUAUUUAUAGAACUCAAAAGAGAAAAUUUGUGCAAGUACAAUGCGUUGUAAUUAUUUCACUUUUGCACAAGAAAUUUAAUAUAAAUCAAUAUAAUAAUAGCAAUACAUUUGAUCAAUAUACCUCAGCAAUAUUACGAAGUUAUUUUCAAU